AUGGGUCGCGUGAUUCGUAACCAGAGAAAGGGUAACGGCGGUAUCUUUACCGCCAACACCCGCCUGCGCAAGGCCCCGGCCAAGUUCCGUUCCCUCGAUUUCGCUGAGCGACAUGGCUACGUACGAGGUGUCAUCAAGGAGAUAAUCCACGACCCGGGUCGUGGUGCUCCCCUCGCCCGAGUUGUCUUCCGAUCCCCCUACAAGUUCAAGCAGAUCACCGAGACCUUCAUCGCCAACGAGGGUAUGUACACCGGCCAAUUCAUCUACGCCGGCAAGAACGCCGCCCUUACCGUCGGAAACGUCCUCCCCCUCUCUUCUAUGCCCGAAGGUACCGUCAUCUCCAACGUGGAGGAGAAGGUUGGUGAUCGAGGAACUCUUGGUCGCACCUCUGGCAACUAUAUCACCGUUGUCGGCCACAACCCCGAUGAGGGCAAGACCCGAAUCAAGCUCCCCUCUGGUGCCAAGAAGGUUGUCUCUAGCAGCUCUCGAGGAAUGAUCGGUAUUGUUGCUGGUGGUGGCCGAACAGACAAGCCUCUCCUGAAGGCUUCGCGCGCCAAGCAUAAGUUCGCUGUCAAGCGCAACAGCUGGCCCAAGACUCGUGGUGUUGCCAUGAACCCCGUCGACCAUCCUCACGGUGGUGGUAACCAUCAACAUAUCGGUAAAGCCUCUACAAUUUCCCGAUACGCGGCGCAAGGUCAAAAGGCGGGUCUCAUCGCAGCCAGACGGACAGGUCUGCUGCGUGGUACCCAGAAGACGAAGGAGUAA